AUUCCCCCCGAAUUCAAAUAACAUUAUCAACACACGACUCCCGUAAGGAAGGUGAUGAUCUGACCCUGACCUGUACCACAGACAGCAAUCCCAGUCCGUCCAAUCUGACCUGGAUGUUUGGAGGACAGACCAAGGGGGAUGAUGGGAGCUUGAGAUUAACAAAUCUAAGUAGAGAAGAGCAUGGUCAGUACACCUGUGAAGCAAGAGUCUCUGCUGGUCGCUAUGGAAACCUGGUGAACUCGAGUGACUUUCAAGUUGUCGUCAACUAUGCUCCUAGUGUCACCUUCCUUUCUUUAAAUUCAACUGAAAAUAAUUCAUCAAGUAUCAUCUGCUCUGCUGAUGGUCGCCCUGGCAACAUGAACUUCAGACCUUUCAGCCAUUACUGGAAUAGUGUGAAUAUCAGGAAUGUGACCGGCAGAUCUGUUGGAAAUAACCAAUACACACUGACAUUUAAUCGUGCUACAUAUGAAGACAGCGGGAUGUACUACUGUACUGUUGAUAAUGGAGUUCCAGACAGAUCGGGAACUAAACAACAGACAGCAAACAGUGAAGUUUUCAUUUCAGGAACACCUAAGAUUACCAAGGAGACUAAGGUAGAUGAUAUUUUGGGAGUUGAAGUUAAUAAAUCAGCUAUUUUACAGAAAACUGUGUUUUCCAAACCAAACUAUACUGAUAUCUACUGGACGAAAUCAGGUAACAGAACAAAUUAUAAUUGGACCGCCAUCAAGGCUGAAACUAUUACUUUGGACAUACACAAGAAAACAGUAGAAGACUCAGGCUACAGAAUCUCUCUCAAUAUCAGCAGGUUCAGACAGGAAGACAUUGGAACCUACACACUGAAUGUCUGUAAUGGUGUUGGAUGUUCUCAGUUUUCUGUAAACCUGACAGCAGCAGGUCCUCCUUUUCCACCAAAAGAGUUCAUACAAGAAGGAGAAUCAACGUCUGACACAGUGUCAUUGUCAUGGUUACCUAACUAUCCAGGCGGAAAUUUCAAACAAAGAUUUAUACUGGAGUACAAACUGCAGAGUGAGUCUGAAUGGAAGACUGGAUGGACAAAUGAACAGUUUACAGAUUUACCGCAAAACAAGAAAGUAUUUUCAAACAUCACAAACCUCAAGGCUAACCAGGUUUAUGAUCUCAGACUGUCAGCUGAGAACAAGCGACCAAAAGACAAUGUCAGUGAGUUUGUAACACUGAAAGUGACGACAAAAGGUCUGGAUGAACCAGGAAUACCUAGUGCUUUGAUUGGUUCAAUUGCAGGAGGCUCUGUUGGUUCUGUUGUGAUUUGUGUGAUAGUGAUCGGUGUUGUAUUGUUUAGAAGAGGCACUUUCUCUGGAUUGUUAGGCAAAAAGA